GGGCAAGUCAUCGAGUCAUACCAAAAAAAACCUGCUCUCGAAGAUCGAAAGCCUACCUUGUAUAUCCCUGUUGUAUUCCAGAUUCACAAAAACCUCAAACCCGUUCUCUACCUUUUCUCUCCACCACAAUGGCCCCCAAGUACGUCAAGAGAGUCAGUCUCUUCAAAGUACCCAAGGAAGAGGACAUUGACGCCAUCAUUGCCGAGUAUGCCGUUUUGAGAGCUACUGCCCAAAAAGACGGAGCACCAUACAUCAUCUCGAACGAAGCUACCCGAGUCACCAACUCGUCCGAGGAGAGAGCACAAGGAUUCACCCUCGUUGCCGUGACGACCUUCAAAUCCCGAGAGGACUUUGAGUACUACGACAAGCAGUGCGAGGCCCACGCAAAGAUCCGUUCGUUCAUCGCGACGCGACGAACGGGAGUCGCUACGAUCCAAUACGAAAGUGAGUUGUGAGGGAGUGAAUGUCCUGGUUCGACUCAACACGGGCCUGGAGUCAAACACCGAGGCCGAAGCCGAUCCAGAAUCAUCGAGAGAGCGAAAAAAAUAAGCACAUCUAUUGGUCAUCUUCACAUCGUCCAGAUGGUCCAUCUAGCCGGGUAGUCUUGUCUUUGUCUAUAUCUUGGUAUCUCUAGGCUCCGACUCUAAAUCUCUGAACCGCUUGAACCAUGCAA